CAGCAACCUUGCUCUGCUAACAAAUGUAAAGGACUGAACUAUCGCAAAGUCCUAUGCUCCCGGCGCUACAGAUCAUUACUACCUGGUACUCAGCUCCCAUCAGGUACUUCUUCUGCUGAAGUCACAUCCCGUGCAGUCACCUUUUGGGAGUAUCCUUCCGUUACUGAUUGUGCUCCAGUCACGCGUGCUCAUGAGAUGACGGUUCUACAAGAAUCCACGCCUUGUUCACCGUGAUUGUAAGGUAGCGCUACACAAACGAUACCAGCGACGCUCGAUGAGGAUUUAUGAUCCUGAAUCGUGGCGCUGAUUAGAUUGCGCCGGUCUUACGUUUGACUUGCCCUUCAGGAUCAUAACGAGGGUCGUCCUGGCACGACAAGUUCAUCAUGUCGCGUGAAGAAGACGAAGUGUCCUUGACAUCUAGCAUUGAGGAAAACCCUGAAUCAGAUACUGAAUGGGAAAUCCAAGGCAUCAUCGGUGAUGCCGUCCUCGCUGAGAGGGACGAUGAUGAUCAGUUACUCUCGAGACAUAAAUGCCUCGUUUCGUGGACAGGUUUUCCACUUGCUGAGUCUACAUGGGAACCCAUAGAGAACUUGCCCGACGAGACUAUCACAGAGUGGGAAGAGCGCAAAAGAAAAAUCAAAGAUGACGGAGGCGACCCGAAAGAAUCGAUCAGAGAAUGGGUGAGGGAGCAGGAGAGAAAGAUUGGCAGUCGUUACAAACGUCACAAGCUACGAAACAAGCUUAGGAGUAGGCAUGGGCUGAACCCGAAACCAUGGACGGUGGCAGACGGGCAACUUCCAAAGGAACUGUCUGAUGAGAUGAGGAGGUUUUACCUACAAGAAGCUCCGAGUAUCUGGUCGCCUUCCGAAUCCGAGUCCGACAGCUUUGAUAGACUCGACACGCCCAAUGCCCGACCGCCGCAACCCACGGCAUCCACACAAAGCAAGGUUCACGACAACAACAAUAACUCGGCUCCAAACGGAUCGUUGAACAGAGAAACCCACCCGGCCAGCACAAGUCUAGCCCGCAAGCUAUCGAACGCGAAGCAGACUGCCCCUAUCACCAACCAAGACUCCGAGAAACCUCGCCCUACAGGAUUGAAAAGGCUUAGCACACUUCCAGGCGUGGCAAGGAAGCCUGAGCCUCGCAAAGCUGAAACGAUGGCCCCUGUCGGCAACGUGUUUUCGGGUGGCAAGGUGCGCAAGCAGAGAACGACAUUGAAAGACGCUGCCGCGGACCCAUCUCGGGCAGCGCAACGCCUCAAUCUCCACAAGCAACAUCUGCUCUACAAAGCGUCCAGAAAUGCGGAGGACCGAUACCCCCGACGCCGAUCAGAGGUUUCUGAGAUAUCUAACCCCCUUUUGCCUGGGCCAAGCACCAGCCACAACGACAGAUCUCGAGUUACCGAACCCGUAAGGGACCCGGCAUCACAUAUGAAUGAACCACGAACGAUCAUUCUUGAGUCCCGUCCAAGUUCCCUCAAAUUGUCUACAACGAAUACCCCAGAUGCUUCCGAUCCUACACACAGUGUCCGACCACCGCUGAAGACUCGGAAAACUGUUAGUUUCGGAAAGGUCACGACGGCAAUUUUCAAUGACAUGCCUGUUGUCUCUCAGGACGACGACAACGAGUCGGAGCUAUUUGUUCCGGAGCCCCCCGAAGAGGACCUGUCUACAUCGGCAUCGAUAUCGAUAUCAACAUCCCAGGGCCCCGAGCGACGACCGACUCCGCCAUCUAAGCCCAAGACGGUACUUGUCAAGGAAUGUCUAAUUGGCCCCCAGGCGUCGAAGCCUGUCAAUAUAGGCUUUAGUGGGCUGCCUCAGCAUGAUCAAAUUUGGUUACGGCAGUUUCGAGGCUGCAACCGCGUCGUGCUUAGCCACUGGUGCAAAGUCGACGAGCUCAGAACUCAGUUACCCCUAUUAACUCAGGGCGAACCACUCGCCAAGGGCACACUCACUACGCCGUCCGAUCCCGAUCUUUUGCAAAAUAUUAGACAAAGAUUACAUUCUUUGUCAAAAUGUAUCAUUUGCGUAACCUCGAAUUAUAUGAUCACGGUGUUCCCCCCUCAGUACGAAGAUUGGAACUUAGGGGAAUUUGACUUUCCCGAGAACGCUGACCCCCUGAGAUAUAUCAUUUGGGCGCCAAGGAGCCCCGAUGAUGAGUCGACACCAGGCUCCUUUAAUCUCGGCGAACUUGCUUCUACCUUAAGCAAGGAUGGCAGGACAGAGAUGCCGCAAGGAUUAGCCCGACUUGUACAUCUUGACUGCACUGCCCUUAUUCCUAAGGAGCCAAGCAGCACAUCGGAACUACCUAUAUUCCUAGCGUUUCCGGUCUCUAAUGUUGUGGAAGCCCGUAUGAUGGCGGACUGGAUGUCCAUGUCGACAAGGCUUAAAUGUAAAUUCUACGAUUGCCUUGCGGCAGGCGAUUGGAUGAGCUUCCUCCGUGAAGGCCGUGGCACGAUCAUCAUCCACGAAGACCUAAUAUGGAAAGUACGGCUGUUCCCCGAUAUGUCCGAUGUCCUUAAAAAAGCAGCUCGUGGCCUUUACGCCAUUUCAGUAUUCGAUCGAGCCCUGUCUACUUCUGUCACCUCACUCUGGCGGGGAGAGCCUCCAGAAAUUGGCAACGUUUGUGUAAGGCCAGCUUUCCAAGGCGGAUGGGUCUUCCACCUCUGUCCGACGGUCUUUGUGGCCCAGCCGAGACAAGCAUACAUGUUUCUCAAGUGGUUCAUGCAUGUAUGUAAGAAUGGGCGGCCCGGCAUGCCUAUACGGCCAGGACAGCUGGUCAUCCCCGCGAACCUCGAUGAAUGGCUCAUGGAUCUUGCUAUUGAGCGCGAGGACUUCCCUGUGGAAAGAGACAAGGCCGUUGCUAGAGCCGAUCUGGCUAAUCUAUACAAGGCCCUGGCACUUACCAGGGAGCUCAUGCAGAUGUAUCCGAGGGACGAGGCCGACGACGAUACACCUUAUACGCAAUCGGCUUCCGCUUUAGUGUACGCCCCGCGUGUUAUCGAUCCAAAUGACGAGCAGAGCUUGCUUAAUUGGCUCGGAUGGUGGUCCAUUGCUAACAUGGAUAAGCACUCGAGAUUCUUCGCUAUCUGCACCUCUAAGAUUUCCCACAAACUCGCACGGAGAAUCGCCCCAGUGCGAUGGCACCAGGAUACGGCAUUCCAUGAGACCCCACAAGAUCCUGGUCAAGUUAGCAAUCUUGACGGUCGCAGCCCAGGUCCUAGUGAGCUCGCAGGCGAGGACUCCCCGGAAGCAUUACGCGGAUAUCUCCAGUCUGUCACGGCUAGUGAGCCAUAUCUUAGCCAGGCUGUGUUCCUAAACUUCAACCCAGUCGGGUACCCGGACUUACACGAAGUAUCUCAGCUCCUCGGUUACUACACAGGAGGAUUCACCGAUUUCGCCUCAUGGUUUCGGAAGUUACAUCCACUCACCCCUCAAGGUAUCCAAGUUCAGGCCGUGCGCGGCCCUAUUAAGAACACGCUCGCCGGCCUGUUUCUUACACCAGAGGGAAAUUGGCGUGAAGCUUUGAAAGAAACCGAAAAGGCGGUCUCACACAGGAGGCCAUGGUUUGCACUAUUCCGACCAGUAGAACCUCAUUCUCGUCCCUGGAGUUCUGGUUCUGAAUUGCUAAUCUGGGAUCCUUCGUACGCCGGCAAGGUAUCUCCGGAUGCGAAAUUCACUGAAGCGGAUAUGGCACCUAUCCAUAGGGAAUUUGUGAGGGUUAUAGCAGAGGAAAAUGCAAGGAAAAAUCCCCAGGUACAGGUCCAGAAGGUCUGGGUGGGUGGCUGGGCCAACCUGAAGACGCGCUAUCGAGACCCUCUCGAUAUCGUCCUCGAGCAACUCACAAACUGUGUGUCGGACGCGAGGACGUAUGUCCCAUCACCAAGACAUGUGAUGCCUGAGCGCGGGUGGAAACUUACCGAGCCUUCCAGCCCCGAGGAUCUGAAGAGAGCCGAUGAGAUGGAUCAGACGUCUCUCAAGGACUUGAAGAGCAACAGCAAAGACACAACGAUCCGCGAGCCGGCAGACGCGAGGAUAGUUUUCCAUCCUCCCCGCGGAGCUCAUACAACGCGGAACCUCUUCUACAAAUGGACACAGGAGGCUGCAAAGCAAGGUCGAGUGGUAGAGACCGGUGGUUCUAACACGUUGGCGUGGUACGGUCAGCAGCGAAGAGACGGCAGUGAUUUCAAGCACAUUGUCGUGGCCGAUUAUGAAACGAUCUUCCCGGAGCUGGGGAUCCCAAUUCGGCCAUGAACAAGUUAUAUUGAUACUG